UUAUUAUCGUUGUUCUAUCGUGGCAUGUGCUUUUCCAAUUUAUCUUCUGAAACUUCUUCCGCCUUUCCCCUUCCCGCCGUCCGAUCCUUGCCUUCACGGCUUGUCGGCCGUCCUUCUCCUCUCGGCUCAACACAAGGAAUUACUACGUGUCAAAUUUCGCUGCCUCCAAUUUCGCUGUACGCCGUCCUUUUUCCGUAUCACCCCAUCACACCUUCAUCGUGCACUGGUCCUUUAUCCUCCCAUAUAAAAUAAGAAAUUAAUCCGCUGUAUGGUCCAAAAUAAAACGCUCAGUUGAAACAGCUUCACAUUCCGCUUCCUCUAUCUUCCUCCCACUUCUCUGAUAGUCGCUUGAUCGCUUCUCAUUACUAAAGAGUAGAGUAGAAGAACAAGAGCUCCGCCGAUUAUCUCAUUCUUCUUCCUGCUACAAUAUUUAGUCCCACAUUAUCAACGAGGUCGGUAAUCUCCCAUAUUUCAUGGCCUCCUUCACGCGGCUCUCAUUCAAUUUCAACCCCGCCGGUUCCAGAACCCUUCUCCCCUCUUCCCGAACCCCUCCGCCGCGUUCAAUUCCCUCCCCCACCCUCCGCCGCCGCACCCUCGCCACUGCUUCCGCCGUUCAACCAGCAGCGGAAAUCUCCGCCGCCAUUCCUGCCGCCCCGCCGGAAUUCGACUUCAAGUCCUAUAUGCUUUCAAAAGCCGCCGUCGUAAACCGCGCCCUCGAUCUGGCGGUACCCCUCGCGUACCCAGACCGCAUCCACGAAGCCAUGCGCUACUCCCUCCUCGCCGGCGGCAAACGCAUCCGACCAGCCCUCUGCAUCGCCGCAUGCGAGCUCGUCGGCGGCGACGAAAGCCUAGCUUUACCCGCCGCCUGUGCCGUGGAAAUGAUCCACACCAUGUCGCUCAUACACGACGACCUCCCCUGCAUGGACAACGACGAUUUCCGCCGCGGGCAGCCGACCUCCCACCUCGUCUUCGGCGAACCCAUCGCCAUCCUCGCCGGCGAUGCCCUCCUCGCCUUAGCCUUCCGCCACCUGGCUCACGCUUCCCACGCCAUACCCCCUGCUCUGCUCGUCCGCGCCGUUGCAGAGCUCGCUCGUUGCACCGGCGUGGAAGGCCUCGUCGCCGGGCAAGUUGUCGACCUCGAGUCAACCGGGCUCGAGGAAGAACUCGUCAACCUUGAGAGGCUCGAGUUCAUACACGUUCACAAGACGGCGGUGUUGCUAGAGGCGGCGGUAGUUAUAGGGGCGAUAAUCGGCGGCGGGUUGGAGGAGGAGAUUGAGAGGCUGAGACGGUACGCGCGGUGCAUUGGGUUGUUGUUUCAGGUGGUUGAUGAUAUUCUUGAUGUGACCAAGUCGUCGGAGGAAUUGGGCAAGACGGCCGGAAAGGAUUUGGCAAGCGACAAGACGACGUAUCCGAAGCUGGUGGGUUUGAAGAGAUCGAGGGAGCUUGCGGAAGAGUUGCUUCGGGAUGCAAGGUUGCAGCUUGAGGGGUUUGAUUCGACAAAGGCCGCGCCUUUGCUUUGUCUGGCGAAUUAUAUUGCUCACAGGCAUAAGUAGAUUGUUUGGGCGAUGGUGAUGUUGAUAUACAGGAAGUAAAUCAAUAUUGGAAUGGUUAGUUGCUUUUAUGUUGUUAAUGUUAUACUUUGUUCUUCUUUUCUCUUCAAUAUUAUGCUAAAUUGUUUGUGGGA